AUGGAUACCAUCAAUAGAGAAACAGAAACACUCUCUAGGAUUAGGUUACAAGAGAGUAUCAUUUUGCUUCUCUCACGUUGGUAUGCCCUUCAAAUGGCCAUUAAGAACCAAUGGGGUGGUUGUGAUUCCCUCCAAAAAUCACACCAACUUGCUUCUCAUUUAUUCUCUUGGCUCUCCAAAUCCAAUGCACCGAUUCGUAUUGAAGAUUUAGAAAAUCUACUCUAUGAGUCCAUGUUGCUUACAUUUAAUACAGAGAUAGAAGAUGGCAGCAUUGAACAGGUAGCAGAACAGUUGCUAGCUAUCCAUGAAGAUUACUUGUUACAUCGGUCAUAUUAAAUAAAUGUUUGAAGGAAAUUUCCUCUGAAAUUAACCUUUUAUAAA